CGGCAGCCAUUGCUAUCGUGGCAUUCUUGCUGCGCUCGGGAGGCUCUGCUAGCUCCGCUCUUCGUCUCUGGAGGAGAGACCGAGCUCAAGAGGAACGCCCUUAGAGGAGUAUCUAAGAAAUGGAUGAGGAACUGAGUGUCGUAAGGGGGCUGCCCCAAUGCGGCCGUCCCCGCCCCUGAGCACCGUGCUACUGCCGCCUCGGUAGCUGUCAUGGCUGUCGUGCCACGUGACCCAGCUCGCGCAGGCCUGGUUUCCCGUCGCUCUAGUUCGGUAGUCCCGACUCCCACCCCUUUUCGUUUUAGGACUCGGAUAUUGCCUUUCUUCCCUCAGAAGGGCUACUGUGCAGACUCCGAGAGAUCCGGCAAAAGCAUCUGGAGAAAAUGACACAUUGGUUUCAUAGGAACCCAUUAAAAGCCACAGCUCCUGUCCCUUUUAACUACUAUGGCGUCAUCACUGGCCCUGCUGCUUCAAAAAUUUGCAGUGACUUGAGAUCAUCCAGAGCACGACUGCUUGAACUGUUCACCGAUUUGAGCUGUAAUCCAGAAAUGAUGAAGAGUGCAGCGGAUUCAUAUUUUUCAGUUUUACAAGGUUUCAUUAACUCUUUGGAUGAGUCCACCCAAGAAAGCAAAUUACGAUAUAUUCAAAAUUUCAAGUGGACCGAUACCUUACAGGGGCAGGUGCCCAGUGCUCAGCAGGACGCUGUGUUUGAAUUGAUUUCCAUGGGCUUCAAUGUAGCUCUGUGGUAUACCAAGUAUGCUUCCAGACUGGCUGGAAAAGAAAACAUAACAGAGGACGAAGCAAAAGAAGUCCAUCGGAGCUUAAAAAUUGCAGCUGGGAUUUUUAAACAUUUAAAGGAAAAUCACGUCGCAAAGCUUAUCACACCUGCAGAAAAGGGGCGGGAUCUGGAGGCUCGCCUCCUGGAAGCGUAUAUCAUCCAGUGUCAGGCCGAAGCUCAAGAAGUAACCAUUGCUCGAGCAAUUGAGCUGAAGCACGCACCUGGCCUGAUUGCUGCCCUGGCUUAUGAAACAGCCAAUUUCUAUCAAAAAGCUGAUCAUACUUUAUCCAGUUUGGAGCCUGCAUACUCUGCUAAAUGGAGAAAAUACCUUCACCUGAAAAUGUGUUUCUACACAGCCUACGCUUAUUGUUAUCACGGUCAGACUUUGUUGGCUAGUGAUAAAUGUGGUGAAGCAAUCAGGUCUCUCCAGGAAGCAGAAAAAUUUUAUGCGAAGGCAGAAGCAUUAUGCAAAGAGUAUGGAGAGACAAAAGGACCCGGACCAACAGUCAAACCUUCAGGACACUUGUUCUUUAGGAAGCUUGGAACUCUCGUGAAGAACACCCUCGAAAAAUGUCAGCGAGAAAAUGGAUUUAUUUACUUUCAGAAAGUUCCAACAGAAGCCCCACAACUGGAGCUCAAAGCUAAUUAUGGUCUCGUCGAGCCUGUACCUUUCGAAUUUCCUCCUCUGAGCUCGCACUGGACCCCAGAGGCGAUGGCUGCGUUUGACCUCACCCAGAGGCCCAAAGAUGACAGGGGCAAACCCAAGCCGGAAGAAGUGGUGAAGCCGGUGAAAGAACCAGAUAUCAAACCUCAGAAGGACACUGGAUGUUCCGUCUCCUAAGACGUGGUGACGUGGCAGCGCUUUGACUUCCACUGUGGCAGAUGAGCUCGGCCACGGACCUUCAGUUCGUAUUCCUAAAAUGAUUUCUCUGAAGCCUGUAGGUUUAAUGUAGUCAUUCAGAGGGAAUCUGCCUUCAGUUUAUUCUUGAUUUGUCAUGCAGUGGAGAUGUUUCAUGCUUUGCUUUGAGACUCCUUCCUAAAUAGGACAACGUGGAGAGAUUUUUCUUGUGCUGUAAAGGGCAGACUUGGGGGUUGGGUGUUUCUCUCUCGAACACCGGGUAGUAGUUAGUUUCAGGUUAGUACGUUACAGACCAGAAUCAUGUGAUUUCAGAUGUGUUUUUCUAUCUUCACAAAAAAAGGUUUAUUUUCCUUCCUCUCCUUUGAUAGCAGAAAAAUGACAGGGGUCAGUUUUUAACAGAGACGGUCUUCUCCCCUCCCAUUAUUUGAAUUGCAACACAGACUCGUUCUGUUUUGAGCCAUUUAUUUUUUCUGGUGGGGAAAAAAAAAAUCACUUCCAUUAAAUAUCAGAAAAUCUUCACACCAAAUCCCUUACACAUUAGAAGCUGUAAUUUACUCAAAAAUCAGUGUUUAUAGCUAUUUUGAGACCAUUUAAGAACUUACUCCUCUGCUGGUGGUUCUGCACUUCAUUUCCGUCUCAAUAAACAAACCUACAAUAUUUUGUAAAGUAUCUUUUCUAAUGAAUUUUUUUACCUGGGGACAGCAUUCUGUCAGAGCUCUUGGUGUUCUGUAUGUGAGAAGACAGAAGAAAGCGUUUUGCAGAAGUCAGUCAGAUACUGGCAUGACAUAAAGAGCUCUAAACCUAAACAAGAUAGGUUGUCCUGAAUUACACCACUAACACGCCACUUCUCGAAGUCAGAGUAGAAAACUCUCUUGCCUGUCUGCAGUGUACCUGGUUUUUAUAUGGUUUUCUAAUACACGGUGAGAAUUGUACUGCUUUAGGCCAAAGGCCGUAGCAAGAACCUAGAGAGCAAACGGGUAGCGUGUUCCUUAAGCCAAGCUUGUGACAUUUGAAAUAGGUUAGUGCAUACACAAACCUGGGAAAUAGGAGCUACAUAAUCCUAGAACAAAAAUCAUGCCUGUAGGUUUAUCUUCUUUUGAUGACUCUCCUGGGACCUUGGCUCAUUUUUCGGUUAUAAACGACAGAUUGGCUCCCUUCACAAAAAUGAUGGUGUAGGCUGAGCGCAUACUCCGUGCCAGGCGCUGGGCUGAGCACGUACGUAGAUAAACCUGUGAAUCCACACCACAGUCUUGUGAGAAAGAAGUAAAAUCUGCAUAAAGUAUUGAGAUAGGAAUAAACAUUUCAUUAUGAAGAAUAGAUUGUAUCUAUCUGAAUCAAUAUUGUAUUCAAAUAAAUGAUUCCUUAAAUCAUAGUUUAUACUCUUGGGGAAGAAACUACAUAGAAUCAUUAAGGGUUUUUCCUUUUUAAAUAUGUAGAAAUGCUAAUUACUCCUUGCUGUAGAGCAUUAAAUAUCUGAAGCUGCUGUUUCUAGAAAAAGUGGAGUAAUAACAGACAUUUGCUUUUAUUUUGCUGUCUAUGGAACAGUACUUUAAAUUUCACUGUAUGUUCUGUGCCACUUACUGACAAAACUUUAUAAACAGUUCUUGAUGCCAGCGUCGUCCUCCUGGCUCAUGGGGUCCGUUCAUUUGAGGGGCAAGUGCUUAGCCUCAUCAUUAAGUUUUCACAUGGCCGUUUUUGUGGGUCAUACUACACACAUGGAGUGAAAACGUGGGAUGUGCUCAGUGCUCCUGUAAAAAGCAAUGAAGACGGCGACUACAUUGAAUCAGUAAUUGGCCGCGUUGACAUAAGCAGAUAAUAAAUCUGUUGACUCAGUGAAGAUAAAUAACACGUAGUGACCAGACUCUCCUGUAUAGAUGAUAUUCCUGAAAUGAUGUUGGAAGUUUGGGAAAGUUAACAAAUGGAAAGAAACUGCAUGGAUGUUACGGAGACGACCUGCUUGUGUGACCUGUUGCAUAUACUUAACUUAAACCGGAUAAUGACAGCAAGCAUUUUGCUAAAAGUGUCGUUUGUAUAAUGAAUUAUCUUUUUAUUUAUGAAAAUAAAAGUAAUUUUACUUACA